GUCGGUUCUCUCCUUUCUCAUAUGGGACACAGGAUGCCAGGCUUAGUAGCAGACACCGUUAUUCACUGAGCUCUCUUUCUGAAGCCCGAUAUUGCUUGUUGGAUUUUUCUUUUUUUGUAUGAUGAUUUGUAUUGUGUUAAAAGGAUGGUGCUGGUCUGGGUGGUUUACACCUUUAAUCUCAUUACUAGGGCCUAUCUUUUGAGUUUGAGGCCACCCUGGUAUAUAUGUAGAAAGACACUGUCUCAGAAACAAACAAAGUGUUCUGGGAAUAUAGGCCAUUUGUAGUGCUUGCCUGGGAAGCUCUGGGCUCAAUUUCUAGCACCCCUGGUUUUUCAAGACAGGAGUUUCUCUGUAUAGCCCUGACUGCCCUGGAGCUCAGUCUGUAGACCAGGCUGGCCUUGAACUCACAGAGAUCUGCCUGCCUUGGCCUCACAAGUGCUGAGAUUAAACACGAGCGCCAUUACCCUCCUGCUUGUUUUUGUUUUUUUAGAUGCCUGGUAAACAGUAAAUUAACAUACACAAUUCCUUUCUGUUUAUAAUGACGCAAGUGUUGGGCUUCUGGCCACUAGAGGGCAGCAGGCAGAUGAUACUGAAGAGCUUGGGAGGAGAAAAGGGUGAGGCUUUCCCCUUGUGAAAUACAGCACCUCCAGCCGACCCUAGGCUAGGAGAGCGCCACAGGCACCAGGGAAGACUUUUGAGAUAGUGCCGGAUCGUUCCGCUGCAGCAACCAGCGUGCUUGGGUUCUAGACAGGCAAAGUGCCACCAAAUGGGCUCUGUGGCUGGCUAGACUGGCAGACCCAGACCACUGGCCCGUGAAUGUUGCCCAGUGUGCUGCCUAGAUGCUUUGAGCACCCAGUUUCUGGGUGCUGUGGAGAAAAUCCCUUAGCCUCUGUAACCUCUACUAGGUCCUCUGGUCCCCAGAUCUCUAGACAGAUGCGGCAGUCCUGACCCAGGCCAUCCGACCCAGGUUCAGAACCCUUACCUUGCUUUCUCCUCCCUAGUCUAGCCCUGGCCUGGCCCCCGGGGAAGAAUUUCCCGGGCCAGAGGGCAGCCUAAAGCACAGAUGCCCACCCCAGCAAUGUUCCCGCCACCUGCCCAGUCCAGUACCCAGGGCCCAGCCCCAGAGGGUGCGGAAUGACUGACUCUGACAAUCAUUAAACCAGCCAGGCCUGAUUUCCCAGCACCGCCUGCUAGGAUCUGGGCCAAGUGGCACGGAAUAUGCAAAUCACCUGGGACCGGGAGCCCAGUCUGAAGGCCAGGAAAUCCCCUCCAUCCAAUGAGCCACUAGCUCAGGUUACAACUGGGGACGCGCACCGAAGACCUGGCGGGGGAGGAGCUCCUACCUCGCUCUAUUUAGAACGGGUGGGGGGGAGCGCUCAGGCCACAUUCAUCCCCGCUACCUGGCGGAGCCUUCGGCCACUUGGAUUUCUUCCCUUCCUGCGGCCUCGGAAGCCUGUCUACCCGCCUGCCGCACUGAACCCUGACGCUCGGGAGCCUCAUGGCUGCCACCUGCGAGAUCAGCAACGUUUUUAGUAACUACUUCAACGCCAUGUACAGCUCAGAAGACCCUAGCCUGGCGCCUCCUCCUCCUCCUCCUCCACCUCCAACUGCUACCUUUGCUGCUGAAGACUUGAUGUUGACCCUGAACAACCCCCAGAUGUCACUGGAAGGUCCGGAGAAGGCAAGCUGGUCAGGGGAGCAGCCCCAGUUCUGGUCGAAGACCCAGGUACUGGACUGGAUCAGCUACCAAGUGGAAAAGAACAAGUAUGACGCCAGCUCCAUUGACUUCUCCCGCUGCGAUAUGGAUGGGGCCACCCUCUGCAGCUGUGCCCUUGAGGAGCUGCGUCUAGUCUUCGGGCCUCUGGGAGACCAGCUUUAUGCCCAGCUUCGAGACCUCACCUCCAACUCUUACGAUGAACUCAGCUGGAUCAUCGAGCUGUUGGAGAAGGACGGCAUGGCCUUCCAAGAAAGCCUAGGAGGAGACCCGGGCCCCUUUGACCAGGGAAGCCCUUUUGCCCAGGAGCUGUUGGAUGAUGGCCGCCAGGCAAGCCCUUACUAUGGCAGUAGCUAUGGUGCUGGAGCGCCCUCCCCCGGUAGCUCUGUCUCCAUUGCAGGGGCCACUACCCCCCAGAGCUCUCACUCCUCUGACUCCGGCGGCAGCGACGUGGACCUGGACCUCACUGAUAGCAAAGUCUUCCCUAGAAAUGGCUUUCCUGACUAUAAGAAGGGGGAACCCAAGCACGGGAAGAGGAAACGGGGGCGUCCCCGAAAGCUGAGCAAAGAGUACUGGGACUGCCUGGAAGGCAAGAAGAGAAAGCACGCCCCGAGAGGCGUUCACCUGUGGGAGUUCAUCCGGGACAUCCUUAUCCACCCUGAGCUCAACGAAGGUCUCAUGAAAUGGGAGAACCGGCAUGAGGGUGUGUUCAAGUUUCUUCGCUCAGAGGCUGUGGCCCAACUAUGGGGCCAAAAGAAAAAGAACAGCAAUAUGACCUAUGAGAAACUGAGCCGGGCUAUGAGGUACUACUACAAACGGGAGAUCCUGGAGCGGGUCGAUGGCCGGCGGCUUGUCUACAAGUUUGGCAAGAACUCCAGCGGCUGGAAGGAAGACGAGAUUGUACAGAGUCGGAAUUAAAGGGUCAGGACUGGACUCAGAACCUGACUCAGACAUGAACUUGAGAACUGAAACCUUCCUGGAAGGACAGGCAGGCCGGAGGCCCCCUUAAUGUGGAUGUGUUCCCCGUGUUGCUGUAGAGAGGAGAACCAGUUGGGUGUGUUGUCAGCAGUAUCCUGAAGUUGCUUACAGCCCUUGGCCUCUCCUUCGCCCUCUUGGAAUUACAAGCUCCAGGGUUUGAAGCGAUUUGUUCGCUGACUCUACAGCUGUGAGUCCAGCUCCUUCCAGUCCCAGCACUGACUGCAAAAGAGACGCACCUGUAAAUGCCUGGGCUCAGCCAAGUAGGCUGGGGAGACUGAAAAAGGAGACCACAGGGACAGGCUUAUGUCCUCCAGUGCUUCUUCCUGAACUGGCUUCCACCUCUCUGCACUCAGGCUCCACAGGUGGGGGUCGGAGCAUCCCUAAUUUAUGUGCUAUAAAUAUUCCAGGUGUACAUAUAGAGCUAUUUUUUCUAAAGUGUUUCCCUUCCCUGCUCUUCUCCAUGAGCAAUGGUGGCCAGACUGAUUGUUCCAGGGCCCCCAACUGGAUCAGCGAGAAGUGGGGUGAUGCCAGACCCCCUCCCCAAGAUGGGGCUCCUGGAUCCCUUUUCCUGUGAUGGAGGCUGAGUCCUCCAAUAAAGUGCCCUCUGGGCUUUUUUCUAA